GAAAAUCAUAGAUUUCGCCCGCGCUGCACCGCCUGGUUGCCACUCAGGAGUGGUAAGCCCGGAAAACCCGGAGCCGAGAGGGUCCGGGCAGGCGGGGGCUCAGGUAGGGAGACCACUGAACUUGGAUCGGAGCAGCGCUCAGGAAACGCGGUGCAGACAAACACAGCCACCAUGGGGACAACAGCCCCAGGGCCUAUUCACCUGCUGGAGCUCUGUGAACAGAAGCUUAUGGAGUUUCUCUGCAACAUGGACAAUAAGGACUUGGUGUGGCUCGAGGAGAUCCAGGAAGAGGCUGAGCGCAUGUUCACCAGAGAAUUUAGCAAAGAGCCAGAGCUGAUGCCCAAAACACCUUCUCAGAAGAACCGCCGGAAGAAGAGACGGGUUUCUUAUGUUCAGGAUGAAAACAGAGACCCCAUGAGGAAAAGAUUAUCCCGAAGAAAGACUCAAAGCAGCCAUCGGAGCUCCCGGUGCCUCCGCAGCAAGGACAAUGUGCAGAAGCUUGCCACAGUGGUAGGAGAGAAUGGCUCUGUCCCGCGGCGAGUGACUCGUGCUACGGCCGCAGCUGCAGCUGCCACUGUGACAUUGGCUGCACCUUCACCCACACCUGAAUCUCCUACAGUGCUGACCAAGAAGCCUGAGGACAGCCUUGCCCAGGGCCAGCUGGUGCCUGUGGUAGAGAUAGGCAUCAGUGAGCGCCAGAGUGCUGAGCUCUGCAUCACCCAGUCCAAGUCCACCCAGGCUGUGUUUCAGACUCUUUCCCCAGUCUCUGCUUCAGCCACAGCUGUAGCCCCGCAGGGUGUACUGCCAUCAGAUGAAGAAUCAACACCCAAGAAGACAGAGACUGGGAGACUGGAGUCUGUCGCAGUGAGCACCCUCAUGGCUACACCCCAAGACCCCAAGACUCGAGGGGUCGAGACAGGGCGGUCUGUCUCUAAGCUCAGGAUAGCAGGGGUGUCCCCAGGCCCACGAGACUCUCCUGGCUCUCUGGACUCUCCAUGGCGGCAGCGGGUGCUGGCACCCAUCCUCCAGGAUAACUCCUCAACGCCCACAAACUCCCAUGCGGACACUCGGUCAGUGCGGCGUAGCCUGAUCGCCCCAUCCUCCCCAGCUCCCCAAGUCUCGCUGGCCCAAAAGUAUUCCCUGGUGACUCAAGAGGAGCGUACUAUCCGGAGGGCAAGCAAAAGACUUGCCAAGAAGGCUUUCGAAGAGCCAGCAGUCUCUGCUCGUGUCAUCUGUCACAGUUACCUAGAGAGACUUCUGAAUUUUGAAGUGCCCCAGAAAGUUGACCCCAAGGAGGAGCCCGGCAAGAAAGCUAAGCCUACAGAAUUAGCAGAGCCAGAGUCUCCUGAGAAUGAUGAGAAUAACUUAGGGCUCCACAGUGCCACCAAGACUGCCCUUAGUACACCCAACCAGAAGCCUACAGCCAGCAGCCAGGAAACACCCUCUGGAGGACAGCAAGAGGCCAAGACUGACCAAGUAGAUGGACCCAAAGAGCCACCUCAGAGUGUCAGGAGGAAGCGCAGCUACAAGCAGGCGGUGAGCGAGCUGGACGAGGAAGCACACCUGGAGGACGAGGAGCUGCAGCCCCCCAGGAGCAAGACCCCUUCCUCGCCCUGUCCGGCCAGCAAGGUAGUGCGUCCCCUCCGGACCUUCCUGCACACGGUGCAGAGGAACCAGAUGCUCAUGACCCCAACCUCAGCCCCCCGUGGCAGUGUCAUGAAGUCCUUCAUUAAGCGCAACACUCCCUUGCGCGUGGACCCUAAGGAGAAGGAGCGGCAGCGUCUGGAGACCCUGCGGCGGAAAGAGGAGGCCGAACAGCUGCGCAGGCAGAAGGUGGAGGAGGACAAGAGGCGGCGGCUGGAGGAGGUGAAGCUGAAGCGUGAAGAGCGCCUCCGCAAGGUGCUGCAGGCCCGCGAGCGGGUGGAGCAGAUGAAAGAGGAGAAAAAGAAGCAGAUCGAGCAGAAGUUUGCUCAGAUCGAUGAGAAGACCGAGAAGGCUAAGGAGGAGCGGCUGGCAGAGGAGAAGGCCAAGAAAAAGGCGGCAGCCAAGAAGAUGGAGGAGGUGGAAGCACGUAGGAAGCAGGAGGAGGAGGCUCGCAGGCUCAGGCGGCUGCAGCAGGAAGAGGAAGAGCGGCGGCACCAGGAGCUGCUGCAGAAGAAGAAGGAGGAGGAACAGGAGCGGCUACGGAAGGCGGCUGAGGCCAAGCGGCUGGCCGAGCAGCGUGAGCAGGAACGGCGUGAGCAGGAACGGCGUGAGCAGGAACGGCAGCUGGCUGAGCAGGAGCGCAGGCGGGAGCUGGAGCGGCUCCAGGCUGAGAGGGAGCUGCAGGAGAAGGAGAAGGAGAAGGCACAGCGGCUGCAGAAGGAGCGGCUGCAGAAGGAACUGGAAGAGAAGAAGAAGAAGGAAGAGCAGCAACAUCUGGCUGAGCGGCAGCUGCAGGAAGAGCAGAAAAAGAAAGCCAAGGAGGAAGCAGAGGCCCGUAAAGCCCUGAACAUGACUGUGAACGUGCAGUCUCCAGUUUGUACUUCCUAUCAAAUGACACCACGAGGGUACAAGGGGCCUCCCAAGAUCAACCCAGAUGACUAUGGGAUGGAUCUGAACAGUGAUGAUUCCACCGAUGAUGAGUCACAGCCCCGGAAGCCCAUCCCUGCCUGGGCCAGAGGUACUUCGCUCAGCCAGGCCAUCAUCCACCAGUACUACCACCCCCCAGACCUUCUGGAGCUCUUUGGAAUCAUUCUCCCGUUGGACUUGGAGGACAUCUUCAAGAAGAACAAGCCCCGCUACCACAAACGAACCAGCUCUGCCGUCUGGAACUCGCCACCCUUGAAGACCUGACCUACAGCCUAAAGAAGCACUGAGGCAGGUCCACGGCCUUGCCAGGGAUCUCAGCUCCUGUUUGUGUCCGUCUGUCCAUUUCUGUGUUGGUCUGGUGCCCUCUGCCUGGUAUGCCGCUGCUGGGAGCUUGGUCAGGUGUACAUAUCCCUUCCCUGUGUUUCGGGCAUUUCUGCUGCAGGUGGAAGGUGCCCCCAGGUCUGUUUGGAAGAUGGGCUUGGUGGGUGGUUGGGGAAGAACUGAGCCCAGCCCCACCUGGCCCGCAGACAGCACUCUGUAAAUAGACUGUUAUAACUUCAGCUGCAUUUUAGUAUUUUAGU